AUUUUGAUAUGAAACGUAAAGAUCGAACAAGUUUUUUGGAUAUCUCAAGUAGUCUCGGAGAUAAUCAUUUGUUAGACAUUUCGUUUUAUCGAGAACGUAAGGAACUUGUUACGGUCGUGCCUAAAAAAAGGAAGAAAAAAGGAAAGGGAUAAAAGAAGCGGGAGCAAAACAUGUCAAGCAGCACGAUGCGCUUUACGGUAGCGCCAGCUUCUGGUUCACUCGUUACUAACUCUUUGGCUCCUGUUUGACUCAGAAAAGAGAAGUGUGUUGUUGGGAUAAACGCGUCGCGUGAACGUGGAUAUUUUAUAUAGUUAGAAAUGUUGUCAGUCGAUUUAACGAAGCUUUCUUGAUAAUAUCGCACGUUUGACGUCCAGCUCCCGCUGAUAUCCGGCGACACGGUCUUUCAUUUUAAAUAUAACGGUGUAUAAAUAAGUAUGAGCAAUAGCAGAGAAUACGCGGAGCUCCCGACCGUAUGAAUUUUUUUUGAUACGCACGUUUGGACUAUCGAUCAUCGCUGAUAUUUUCCCAUUUCAUCGAGGAUCCAAGAUCAAGGGUGCAUCAAAUGCGUUCAAUAUUUAUGACUUUUUCUUUGACGUUUACCGUAUAUGUUCUUUGUGCGUGGGUAUGCAGUACCGAAACACCAAGGAACACUUGAAUCCAAAAUCUGUAAAGAAUUUGGAAUAUACCUUUGUUUUCGGAAGAACGUAUUUGGAAUAAACGAGUUCUCUUAAACGAUGAAUACUUGUUUUGUACUGGCUAAGGGCUGCUUAGUUUGCCGCUUGACCCAGUUUAAUAAAAAAAAUAUACACAAUGCUGUUCUUCCCGAACUGGUUACAGCCGCAGGACAUGCUGCACGAUGUUGAGAAUCGUUAUGGGAUCAGUACAGAUUCCUGUAUAAUGUUUGAGGAGUUCUGCAUAUUUGCCACAGAACUGGCACUUCUGUGCGAACGAGGAACAGUCGUUCCUAUGAGCACCUCUCAUUUGUUACACUGUGAUGGAAAGGAUACUAAUUACAAAAUUGGUUCAAAGAGAAUGGCAUAUGAGGUAUUUUUGGGUGGCUCUUGUAAUCCAACCACCUGGAGGUCAGAGAUAGCAAUACCGACACUUCAAAGACUUGGAAUUACUUAUUAUAAUCCUCAAGUAUCACAAUGGGGUCCAGAGCUUAUAGCUCAAGAAUAUGAAGCAAAACAGACAGCACGCGUUUUGCUUUUUGUAAUCGAUAAUCAAACUCGUAAUAGCGCCGGAAUUAUAGAGGCAGCUCAAUUGGCAGCAACUAGGAGUGAAUCUCUGAUUCUUGUAAUUUACCCAUAUCGACAAGAUCAGACUAUACUCGGAGAAAGUGUUUCAUCACAGGAAUACUAUGAUUUAAUGAAUGGAUUACUUGUACUUCAAUACUUUAUGGAAAGACACAGGAUACCUAUAUUUGAAAGUGUAUCGGUCGCUCUAAAUUGUACAUCUAAGAUUUUGCGCGAACAAAUAAACGUACAGGACUUACAUGCUGAUGAUGGAGCAAGAACUAUGAGAAUCUCUCUAAGUCAAAAUGGGUCCGAUAUAAUAAUGUUAAGAGAGAUUUUUAAAUCUUUGGACAUUAAUGAUAGUGGUACAAUAAAUUUAAAAGAAGCUUGGGUAGCCUUACAGACAAACACAAAAUGUAAUGUGUCAGUUUCAGAUCUGUUCAAUGCUGUAAAUAAGUCAGAAACGUACAGAAGCGUGAUCGAUGGAUUUCCAGGGAAAGGUGAUCCAGCAGAAUCGCGGAUAAACUUCGAACAGUUUUACUCUUUAGCCAGCGAAGCUUCAUGGCGGAUGAAGAAUAAUGGAGUUUCUUGUGAAAGUGAGAUACCUUCAGUUUGGAGUAUAUUAUGUAGGAAGGCCUCAAAAUUUCUGCGCAGAGCUAUUGUACACCCUUUUAAUCGUUUCCUAGAUUGGACUAACUCCUUAAUACCAGAGUCUGAGAAGAGAGACCUGUAUGUUGGAGUGGUCAGUAAAGAUCUGUUUUGGUUAGAAUCUUCUGCAGCUCCAUUGAUUGAGUCUAUGGGUUUGACUCUAUAUCGACCAAGCCUGAAUGAGUACAACGUAAGGGUAUUGCCACACGAAUUACAAAGGAUGAAAAAUUCGCGGUUAAUCCUAUUAAUUGUACCGCAGCACUCUCGUGGCAUUGCUAUAAUGGCAUUAGCAGCUCACUUGAUUGGAAUACGUGCUAAGCUUGUCCUGUGUGUUCAAAUUCUCCCCGAGGGUUGUAUUAUUUCUGGUGAAAAGUUAACCGAACAAGCCACGAAAGACUAUAAUCGGGGAAGGAUGUACCUGUCGGACUAUGCAAAGCGCGAAGGUGUACCUGUUUUUCAGAAUAUCGCUGAUGCACUGCAACAUGCGAUACAGCUAGUUCAAAGUCCCUUUUUAAGAGACAACAAGACAGGAAUCAUUGCCGAGAAGUAUAUAGUCCUUUUAGAGCCAACGAGUACGGCAUCAUUUAGAUUUGGAGAUUCUAAGAGCAAAAGAUUGCCUACAUCCAAAUCGAAGGGAAGUGCCACCCGUGGUACAGUUGUCAUGUACCACCAUAAUGGAACACCAAUUCCUAAGAGUAUUACCGCGAAGGAUAUGCUGGCAUAUACUCUAUAUUUUUCUAUUAUGAAUACGAUUGCAAUGGAACCAGAAGUUACCGUCACGACGGCUAGAGAGAAAGAGCCACAUUUGGGUAAUCUUCUUAUACGAUUUGUAGCAAUAUAUUGGAAAUCAUUUAUAAUUGUACUAUGGCCAUUGAUUCUAUUGCCAUUAGUAUUUAUAAAAACUGAAGAGGUAUUGGCCAUGCGAUGUUUAUACGUAGUCGCUUUGAUGGCUAUGUUUUGGGUAACAGAGGCUCUACCAUUACCCAUCACAGGUCUCAUACCCGUGGUAUUUUAUCCUCUAAUGGGUAUUAUGAGCACUAAUGAAACUUGCCUUUGUUAUAUGAAUGAUACUACAAUGAUGUUUCUUGGUAGCUUGGUUAUCGCCGUUGUUAUUGAAAACUCUGGUCUACAUAUGCGCAUUGCUCUCUUGAUCAUAAAAAUAAUUGGUUGCAGUCAUAGAAGAUUGACUUUGGGCCUCUUUUUCGUGACGAUGUUCAUUUCUAUGUGGGUUUCUAAUACCGCUGCUACAACGAUGAUGAUACCGAUUAUGGAGACGGUACUCUUAGAACUUGAAGCACAAGGACUUGGUAAUAUGUUCAUUCAAGAGAAUGAAACUGAAAUGGCGAUUUCACCUAUGUAUGUAAAACAUUAUUUAUAUAUUUCUUCUUCAUAUAUAUUUAAUAAUCUAUCUUUAUAUAUUGAAUUUUAUUAUAGUUCAAAAAGACCGACACAUAGUACAAUGGUUUAUUAUUUGGUGGCAGCUUAUGGUUCAAGUCUUGGUGGUAUUGGUACGAUAGUAGGAAGCGGAACAAAUUUAACUUUGAAAGGAUUUUUCGAAACACGUUUUCCGAAUAGUCCAAGUAUAAGUUUUGCCUCUUGGAUGCUUUAUUCUGUACCACCAAUGUUACUGAUGGGACUUCUGUCCUGGCUAUGGCUACAAGUGAUGUACAUGGGUCUAUUCAGGCCAAAAAGCAAAGAUGCUAGAGCGAUUGAUAUUGGUUCCCAAGGAGAACGUGUUGCUACAGAAGUGAUACAAAAAAGAUACAAGGAACUCGGACCGAUUUCGUGGCAUGAAUCUGUAGUUGGAGUUAUGUUUGUAACUGUAGUACUACUUUGGUUCUUUAGAAGUCCUGGAUUCAUGAAAGGCUGGCCAUCUUACAUCACGAAUUUGCCCGUCAAGGAUUCAACGGCGGCUACGUGUCUGACGAUCUUAUUUUUCAUACUUCCAGCAAAACUUGAUUUUCUACAUGCCUUUGAUAAGGAUCCGAAUAAACGUCCUAAAAAACCGUCGCCUGGUAUGAUAACAUGGCAGACGAUACAUCAAAAAAUGCACUGGAGUUUGAUACUGGUGCUUGGUGGAGGUUUUGCUAUAUCAGCUGGUAGUAAAUUAUCUAGAUUAUCAGAAAUCCUUGGAAAUUUAUUAAUAGGAUUGAAUUCUAUACAUCCAAUAGCAAUAUUGGCUAUUGUUUGUAUAUUUGCAGAAACUGCAACUGAGCUCACUGCAAAUGUUGCUGUUGCAAAUAUCAUAUUACCAGUAUUAGCAGAAAUGUGUGUGGCGCUACAAAUACAUCCUUUGUAUCUUAUGCUUCCAGCAACUAUAUGUUGUUCAUUCUCAUUUCAUUUACCAGUAGGUACACCACCCAAUGCCAUUGCCAGUGCAGCAGGACAUAUAAGAACAAAAGAUUUUAUAAUUGCUGGGAUAGGUCCAACUAUUAUAACACUCAUUAUAACUAUAGGAGGAUUUUGUACUUGGGGUACAUAUGUAUUUAAUUUACAUGAAUUUCCAACAUGGGCUUCGCAGAAUAAAACAAUGUAGAUUUGCUUUUUAUUUAGUAUUAUUCAUAUUAAACUUUUUUUAAGGACUAAAUUAAAUUAUAUAUGAAAAUUUUUAUAUAAUAUAAUUAUCUAGAAAAAAAAGAAGAAAAAGAAGAAAUAAAAUAAUAUUAUAUUAUGGUUACUCUAUAAAAAAGAACAUCGUGAAAUGGUAUUACAGAAGCUUAACUUAAUAAGCCGACUAGAAUCUUCAUAUUAUCAUAUCAAAAUAAAAAAUAAGAUAAAUAUA